CGGAGCAGAGUCCUAGCUCGCAACAGUGACGUCAGCGGCGAGGCCAGUCCAACCCGCCCCGCGCAGGGCCCGGUCAUUGGUGGAGCGCAGGACAGCGAGCGGCGCGGUGGAUAGACUGCCGCUACGCUAUUGGGGGAGGGAAGACAAACUGGAUCCGAACAACAAAAAAGACCAGAUAACAACAAUAUCAAGUUGGAAAUAGAAAGCGCGAUACGCGGCUGCUCGAACAUAUUUACCCGUUAAAAAUACUUUGGAUGUCAGCAUGGCUCAGAUGUUUACUAUAUCAGACAGCGAGUCAGAGCCCUCAGAGGAGGUAGGAGAAACCGAAAAGGACCAAUCGUCUGCCGGAAAGGGGAUGACUGGCGGUCCAAUAGGCCACGCCCUCACUGUGCCUGAGAUGAGACUGGCAGGAGAGGGUCGGUUGAGGAUGAACUCAGAGUCCCAGGCCCAGGAGCUCCAGGGUAGGGGGCCAGGGGUGGAAGGCAUGCCCACAGACGGAGCAUCUUUCCGGGGUCGCUCCCAGUCGGCCCCCCCUGCCCUCUGGGCGGCCAAGAGAUACGGGCGGCAGCUCCGACGCAUGAGUGACGAGUUCGAUACGUGGCUGGAUAAAGGGGAGAUGAGGCGGGUGAAGAGUGCGGGAGCAGCCAAACAGAUGACCAAGUCCCCCAGCUGGUGGGCCUACCUGUUCAGUCAUAAGGAGACAGAGACAGAACAUACCCCUAUCAUCCCACCACGAUCAUCUGAGUAGAGAGGAGGAUGGGGGGGGGUGGAGAAGGAGAGGGGGGGGGGGGUGGGAGAGGAAGGCGAGAGAGAUGGAGAAGGGAGAGGAUUGGAAGGCGGGGGGGAUGGGCCUACCUGUUCUCUCACCAAGAGACAACCCACCGUAAUCGUACCACUAUUGAACCACGGUCAUCAGAGUACAGAGAAGGGGAUGUUUCCCAUGCCAAUAAAGCCCCUUGAAUUGAAAUUGGGAGAGAAAAAGAGGGGGACAGAAGAUUGAUUGAGAAAGGGAGAGAUGGGCCUCCCUGUUCUCAGCUGCUACUGACCCACGAUCAGCAAAGUGUAGAGAGGGAUGGAGGGAGAGGAAAGAGAGAGACAGGAGAGAGGGAUGGAGGGAGAGGAAAUAGAGACAGGAGAGGGGGAAAGAGAGACAAGAGAGAGGGAAGGAGGGAGAUGGAUAGUGGGAGAGACAGGAGGAAGAGGAAGGUGUUGAGAGGUGGGAGACAGUAAUAAAUAAAAGGUAAAUCAAAAUAAAGUAGAGGGUGGAGAGGUAGAAGGAGACAGAUAAAAUGAGACUAAAAGAGGUGGAUGAGACCUUACCCAUACAAUAACAACUAGUUUGCCAGCAAGAAAUAGAUUUAACUUCACUCUAGUGAAAGCAUCCACCCAAAGCCCAAGCAGGCCUUUAGUUAAUCAUUUGGACUGUUUCUCCCAUUAACACUAUGCAACACUGAGAGAGUCCAGACAACAUGCACUGAGACAGAACAAAACAAAAUGGAGGUCGGGUUCUCUCAAACUCUUCUCCACCCCAAUUAAUCUCUCCUUGUUUCCUCGUAUCCUAUUUCCUCCUCAACCGUACUGGUCCCUCCCUUCCCCCUGACCUUCUUCUCCAGUGCAUUUUUAGAAGAACACGAGGAGCGGUGGGGUAAGGAAUCAAGGAAAGAUGGAUUGAGAAUGAGUGUUAAUGGGGUUGUGUCCCAAAUGGCACCCUAUUCCCCACAGGCCCUGGUCAAAAGUAGUGCACUAUAUAUAGGGAAUAGGGUGCCUAGGCCCUGGUCAAAAGUAGUGCACUAUAUAGGGAACCGGGUGCCAUUUGGGACGGAGACCGUGUGGUAGUUAACAACCACCGCCAUCUUAGAGUGAUGGCUGCACUCCGACAACUAGCCCCAUUUCAAAAAUAAAUGUCUCAAAUAUGAAGAACCAUCUUGUUUAAAUGACAAUCUUUGAUAGCAGUGCUAAUGAUAUGUUUUGUAUUAAACAAGAACUGCAGGGGAACAUUUUUAUCAGACAAUAGAAAUGAAUUUAACUAAGAUGUAGAAUUUCAGAGCAAAACCAAUGAGAAUUAAAGACUUGGGUCUUUAAAAACUGUAAAUACUGUUCAUAUUGCAAUGAAUGAAACAAAAAAAAAUGGACAAUAACAUGUGAACUGCUGAACAACAAAAUGUGACUAUGUAUAUGUCCCAAAUAGUACCCUGUUCCCUAUACAGUGCACUACGUCUGACCGGGGCCUAUAUAGGGAAUAGGGUGCCAUUUGAGACGAAUCCCCUUUGUAAGCUUGUCUUUUUUUUUCUACUUAGAGGUGCUACUGCAAGGUCUUCCGUUGCAGCCCAAAUCAACCCCCUACACUUCCAGGCGGUCCCAAUUCAUUCCCUAUCCCCUCGAUGUUAGGGGCUGGAUAGGUAUAAGCAGUGCAGGUGGUUGACCUGAGAGGCUGUAAUUAUAAAUAAGAAUUUGUUCUUAACUGACUUGCCUAGUUAAAUAAAAGUUACGUGUUUUAUUCAGAUCAGUCUGUCUUUAUAGUGCAACUACUCCUGAUUAGGGGGUAGGGGUUGAUUUGGGAUUCAGCAGUAGCUUCAAUGAUCUGCCUUUCUGUACGAGUCCAGGCCUUUCUCUGUGACUGGGCCAUGGCUGCCAGCACUACCUACCUACCUACCGCCUUAGGCCCCGGGCUCAGUCACACGGCAGAGAAGCACAAACACGCCGGGUAUGUCCCGCAUCACAACGUUGGCAAUACUCUGCAACGGUAUGUAGAGGAAUCCUUCUCAACAGACAGCUUGUCACACACUACUGGUGCCUGCAGCACACGGGCUGUGUUCUAGAUCACAACGUUGCUAAACUAAUCUCUGCAGUUGUGUAUAUAUAUAUAUAUAAGUGUUUAUCAACAACAACAAAACGUUGGUCGGUAAAUCUGUGCAACAUCUGUUCUUUCCCCCAUUUUACAGGCCUUUCCUUUAAAUUCUGCCUUUUAAACCUGUAUUUGUUUUUAAACCGUUUUUAACUUGGUUUGUGCAACGUUUUGUGGUGUUGAACGUAUCCUGUUAAAACCGGACUGGGCUCGAGUCUAGAUAGAAUUGUGCAAAGGGAAGCUUGCCUUGCGGUCUUCUCUUGCUUGCGUCCCAAAUGGCACCCUAUAGGGAAUAGGGUUCUAUUUGAGAUAUUUUAGGGAAUAGGGUUCCAUUUGGUAUUCUCUAUAGGGAAUAGGGUUCCAUUUGGUAUUCUCUAUAGGGAACAGGGUUCCAUUUGGUAUUCUCUAUAGGGAAUAGGGUUCCAUGUGGUAUUCUCUAUAGGGAACAGGGUUCCAUGUGGUAUUCUCUAUAGGGAACAGGGUUCCAUUUGGUAUUUUCUAUAGGGAAUAGGGUUCUAUUUGGUAUUCUCUAUAGGGAAUAGGGUUCCAUUUGGGACCCAAUCUCUGGUAUUACUUGAAACUUGAUGUGUAUGGGGGGGAAUCUAGAAUACUUUUGCAUUUCUUUUUCUACAAAAUUACUUUUGUAAAUGUAUUUUCUUUUUGUGACCACUUGGUGUACUAUGGGCAUAAGUAAACAAAUAAACAAAUAAUUUUUACUAAUCA